CUGCCGCCGCGGGGCGGGAGGCGGCCAUGUCGCUAUUGUCUGCGCUGGUGCCCUUGCUCCGGGUGUACUGCAUCGGCCUCCGCGUCAUCCUGCACCAGCUGCGCCGCCGCUUCCAGCCGCGGCGCGCCCCGGCCUCAGUGUCUCCCGAGACCUCGGCUCAGAGCCGCGCGGGCGCUCCCUCCCUCAGCCCAGUUUUCCCUACACAAAAUGGAAAGGUUGCUAUAGUGACUGGAGGCACUAAAGGAAUUGGUUACCAAACUGUGAAGUAUUUGGCAAGACUUGGCAUGCAUGUGAUAAUAGCUGGAAACAGUGAAAGUGAUGGCCAAGAAGCGGUGAGGAAAAUAAAAGAAGAAACUUUGACUGGAAAAGUGGAGUUUUUAUACUGUGAUUUGGCUUCCAUGAAGUCUAUACGGCGAUUUGUGCAGCAGUUUAGAGCAAAGAAUUGUCCACUCCAUGUCCUGGUGAAUAAUGCUGGGGUGAUGCUGGUCCCUGAAAGGAAGACGGAGGAUGGGUUUGAGGAGCACUUCGGCUUGAACUACUUGGGACACUUCCUGUUGACUAACCUCCUCUUGGAUACGCUGAAGCAAUCAGGAACGCACAGUCACAGCGCUAGGAUCAUCACUGUCUCAUCAGCCACCCAUUAUGUAGGCAAAUUGCACCUAAACGACUUACAAAGCAGAUGUUCGUAUUCACCCCAUGGAGCCUAUGCCCAAAGCAAACUUGCCCUCGUGUUAUUUACCUAUCGACUACAGCAUCUUCUGACUGCAAAUGGAAGCCAUGUGACUGCUAAUGUAGUAGACCCUGGAGUAGUGAAUACUGAGCUCUACCAGCAUGUCUUUUGGGUUGUGAAAGUGGUCAAAUGGAUGACAGCCUGGCUAUUUUUCAAGAGCCCAGAGGAAGGAGCCUCUACAACCAUCUAUGCAGCAGUAUCACCUGAGAUGGAAGGAGCUGGUGGCUGCUACCUCUACAACGAGGAAAGGACAAAAUCGGCAGACGUAGCGUAUGAUGAGGAGCUGCAGAGAAGGCUCUGGACAGAAAGCUGCAAGAUGGUUGGGAUUUCUGAUGAAGCCAGCAGGCUUCCCUAGAAGAAGCCACUUUCAGCUGGGUAAAUGAAAUGCAUUGAAAAGCAUCUUAGGUGAAUUCUUGCAGCAUCAGUCAUCAUCCUGGAAAUCACUGUUCAGUCCCAAAGGCAAACGUGAACAGCUCUGUUCUUCACUUGAAUCCCUAAUCUGAUAGGGUGUGGGGGGAAUAUUCCCACAGAAAGGUGUAGUGGUUGGUUUUAAAUCUAACCAUCAGUUUUGUAAAUCAUUCUGUUUCAGUCCGUGAUUAAAAUACAAUCUUUAAACAUGUGCA